CUCCAAUCUGCGGGGCUCAGCAGCAAGUCCUGCCUGGAUCCGGGUAAGAAGAGGGAGGUGCCCCAGAGCCAGUGAGCGCUUUGCGGUCUACCAGUCUCAUGAACAACUGUUAUUUGGAGAAGACAGAGUGACAGAUAAUUACGAUAUUUAAUACUUGCCCUUCAGGCUGAAGGCAAAGAUAACAACUGUGAGCUUGAAGGAAUGACUGAAAAUAAUCCACUCUCUUUAGAAGAACCCAUGGCGUUGUUAGAGGCAAUUUCACAGUUAAUUCUGAAUAAAAUGCCAAGUGCAGAGUAUUCCAGCUUGUUGAAUGACUUUGUUGAAUCUGAGUUUUUUCUGAUCGAUGGAGACUCCUUACUGAUCACGUGUAUAUGUGAGAAGUCACUGAAGCAGGGGCAGAGUCUCCAUUUCUUCUACCUGGUUGAAUGCUAUCUCUUGGAUCUCAUUAACAAAGGAGGCCAUUUUGCUGUAGUUUUCUUCAAGGAUGCUGAGUGUGCCUACUUCAGCUUCCCAGAACUUCUUCCUUUGCGAACUGCUUUAAUUCUUCAUCUUCAGAAAAAUACCACCGUUGAUGUUUGGACUGAAUUUUCUAGAUGCUUUUCACGAGAGUGGGAAACUUGCUUGAAAGAGACUUGCCCAUAUUUCCUGAUAGUUGCAGAUGAAGGCCUGAACCAGUUGCAAACACAUCUUUUCAACUUUUUAAUCAUUCACUGUUGGGCGAUGAGGGUCAAUAUUGUGCUCUUUUCAGGACAAGCAUCUGGCAUUCUUCGACUUUAUGCUUACUUUCUGCCAACCUCGUAUGAUGAUGUGAAACUUUUAUCGAAGAAUAGAACGCAGAUUUGGACUGUGUACAAAUCCCUGCUUAAACAAUUGGAAGAGAACAGAACCUCUGCAGUAGCACCUCUCUUUAGAGAUUUACAAUGGGAUACUGUGCUGGAAAAGGCAUCUGAGACUAUAUCACUGCUUAAGAAACUCUGGCCAGAAAGAUCUGAUGUUCAAUGUGUAUUUUGUGUUACUUCAUGUUCAUUAUUUUUGCAAAUAAAUCAUGACUUUUUACCCAAGAAAAAGAAGGCCAUUUCUUCUAAAAACAACAACAAACAACAGGGUUCCUGCUUAGGCCUGGCGGAGAUGAAAGAUUUUUGCAAACUUCAUUGUCUCACUAUGGCUUUUCUACUUAACUUACCUCUUCCUCAACGAGCUCGUUCUAGAUUCAUCACAGCUCCUUGGAUUAAGGCAAUUCAGACUCUCUUUAAAAUGAAAAAGUGGUGUGACUAUUUCAUCUUAAGUAAUAAAAGCCUCUUCAGAUUUUGGGAUCUGAAUUCUAUUUACCUUUCUGACCUAACUGAUGAUGUUUUGUUGAAGAAUAUUGCUUUUUACUAUGAAAACGAGAAUGCUGACGGCCUACAUUUGCAUCUGGGAAAAACCAUUAUGAAAGAUUAUGAAUAUCUUUGGAAUACUGUGUCAAAGUUGGUAAGAACGUUUGAUGUGGGGAAGCCAUUUCCUUUGAGAACAUCAAAACUUCAUUUUCUUAAAAAGAAACUAUCACCCAUCAAAGGUAAGAGAUUUAUGAAAUGUGUGCUGUGCUAUGUUUGGAGUGAUGACCCUAUUGUUAUGUCACUGGUUAAGCAAAAGGAAUUUGAUGAACUUGUCCAUUGGCAUUCUCACAGACCCCUCAGUGAUGAUUAUGACAGGACAAAGGCCAACUUUAAUGCAAAAUCCAGAGAUCCUCAAAUCCUUAAAUCCUUGCAAAAGCAUCAUAUUUUUCAAAGAUUGUAUGGCAAUUCCUUAGAAUCAGUCUCUUCCAAACUCAUUGUAACUCAAGGUGUUAAAGCAAAGAAGGAUUUUCAUGAGGCUAAGAGCAUAAAGAAACAUGAGACCAAGGCUGAAUUAAUUGCUAAAGAGAACAAGAAGAGGUUACUUGCUAAAGAAGAACAAAAAGAUGAGCAAAAGUGGAAUGCUUUAUCACUUUCUAUUGAAGAAGAAAUGAAAAAGAAUUUAAACUCAGGAAUAAAGAAACUGGAAGACUUUUUGAAAUCAUGUAAGAGUAAUUCAGUCAAAGUUCAAGGUGAAAUGGUAGGAUUAAUGGCUUGUUUGAAAACAUGGAAAGAACACUGCAAAGCUGAAGGAAAAAUCAGAAAAGAUUUAAGUAUAGUUGUUCAAAUAAUGAAAAGGAUUCAGUCCUUAGUGGAUAAAUAUUCAGAACUUCUGCAAGAAGCAGAUUGGAAGUUUAUAGCUAAAUGCCUCAAGUAUUUGAGAUUUGAUGAGUUGGCAAGUUCUUUAUACCCAACCCAGGAUACAGAUGACAUAAAUAAUAAGAAGAAAAGUAAAUAUUCAGUGGGUAUUGGGCCAGCUCGCUUUCAACUACAAUAUAUGGGCCAUUAUUUAGUUAGAGAAGAAAGGAAAGAUCCCGAUCCUCGGGUCCAAGAUUUCAUUCCAGACACAUGGCAGCGGGAGCUUCUCGAUGUCGUGGAUAAUUACGAGUCUGCAGUAAUCGUCGCCCCAACAUCCUCAGGCAAAACCUAUGCUUCCUACUACUGCAUGGAGCGCGUGCUGAAGGAGAGCGACGAAGGCGUGGUUGUGUACGUCGCACCCACAAAGGCUCUUGUUAAUCAAGUGGCAGCCACUGUUCAGCACCGUUAUACCAAAAAUCUGCCAAGUGGCGAAGCACUCUGUGGUGUUUUUACGAGAGAAUAUCGCCAUGAUGCCCUAAACUGUCAGGUACUUGUUACAGUGCCUGCCUGCUUUGAAAUUCUGCUGCUAUCUCCUCACCGCCAACAGUGGGUGAAGAGGAUCAGAUAUGUUAUAUUUGAUGAGGUUCAUUGUCUUGGUGGGGAAAUUGGAGCCGAAAUCUGGGAGCAUCUCCUUGUCAUGAUCCGAUGUCCCUUUUUGGCUCUUUCGGCUACGAUAAGUAACCCGGAACAUCUUGUCGAGUGGCUACAAUCAACCAGACAUUACUGGAAAAAAGUAGAUAGUGUGAUGAAACCAAAUAUUGCUUCUGAAACGAAGGCUGGCAACCACGCCAAAAACAACUUUCAAAUACAACAAUCACAUAAAGUUAGACUUGUGCUGUAUGGAGAGAGAUAUAAUGAUUUAGAGAAGUAUAUCUGCUCAGUAAAAAAUGAUGACAUUUGUUUUGAUCAUUAUCAUCCAUGUGCUGCACUAACCACCGAUCAUAUAGAAAGAUAUGGAUUCCCUUCUGAUCUUGCCCUUUCUCCUCGAGAAAGCCUUCAGCUUUAUGAUACUAUGUGUCUAAUCUGGAAGGAAUGGCCUCAGGCCCAGACUCUGUGUCCAGAGAACUUCAUUCACUUUAAGAAUAAAGUGGUCAUUAAAAAGUCAGACGCUAGAAAAUAUGAAGAGAGCUUAAAGUCAGAAUUAACAAGUUGGGUUAAAGAUGGCAAUAUAAAGCAGGUUAAAAAGGUGCUGAAGCAUCUUAACCCUCAUUCAGAGUUUCGCUCUGGAAAUUUGUUGAAAAAGUUUCCACUUCUCGUGGAGAAGCUAAAUGAAAUGAACCAGCUACCUGCAAUCUUUUUUAUAUUCAAUUUGACAAGCGUAGAAAUGUGUGCUGUAAGUGUGGGCAAAUCCCUGGAGAAAAAGGAGGAGGAAAAACGACCCCCCAAAGCUGAUAAAGAAAUUCAUGUCAUGGUUAGCAAACUUCAAAAGUUUAAAAAAUCUAUGGAGAAACAAAAGAUAGUAGAAGGAAAAAAACAGCGAAAGACCAGAAAACUGGAUCAAAGCCUGUACCAUGAAGCCCAAUAUAAUCAUCUAUUGCAAAGUCUAGAGGAGAACCUGAAAAUGCCUCAGGACUGCACAUACGCUGAUUAUAAAGUGAUCGACUCUGAGUAUUUGCAGAUGGUGUUUAAACGAGUAAAAUUUGAAAGAAAAGGUGACCAAUUGAAAGCUCUGGCAAGAAGGGGUGUUGGCUACCAUUAUAGUGCCAUGAGUGCCAAAGAAAAACAGUUGGUGGAAAUCCUCUUUAGGAAAGGGUUUAUUAGGGUGGUGACAGCAACUGGAACACUUGCUUUAGGAGUCAAUAUGCCUUGCAAGUCUGUAGUUUUUGCUCAGAAUUCGGUCUAUCUGGAUGCUUUAAAUUACAGACAGAUGUCUGGCCGUGCUGGAAGACGAGGUCAAGACUUAUUGGGAAAUGUAUAUUUCUUUGAUAUUCCACAGCCCAAAGUAGAAAAACUCAUAAAAUCCAAAGUUCCUGAGCUGAGGGGACAGUUCCCUUUCAGUAUAACACUGAUCCUGAGACUCCUGCUGCUGGCUUCCAAGGCAGAUGAUCAGGAAGACGGCCAGGCGAAGGUGUUGUCAGUGCUAAAGCACUCACUGCUGUCUUUCAAACAACCCAAAAUUAUGGAGAUCUUAAAGCUGUAUUUCUUGUUUACCUUGCAACUCCUGGUGAAAGAGGGCUAUAUUGAUCGAGAUGGUAACCCCACAGGGUUUGCUGGACUUGUAUCACAUUUGCACUAUCACGAACCUUCUAAUCUUGUUUUUGUCAAUUUUCUUGUAAAUGGUCUUUUCCAUAAGCUUUGUCAGCCAACUAAGAAAGGCUCUAAACGCUUUUCUGAAGAUACUAUGCGAAAGCUGGUGUUGGUCCUCGCAAAUCUGUUUGGAAGACGGUUUCUUCCAGCAAAGUUACAAGAUGCUGACACCAAGUUUUAUCAAUCAAAGAACAUUUUACGCACCCUUGGUAUCAGUUAUGCUCAGGCUCCUUUACUGUUGCCACAAAAAUUUGACAGUCAAGGAAGAAGAAUGCCACUUAAUGCUUACAUACUUGACUUCUACAAACAUGGCUCCUUGAAAGGGUUAGUCCAGGACAACAGAAUAAAUGAAGGAGAAGCUUACAACUUGUUGAAAGAUUUUUCACUUACUGUUAAGUCUAUCAGUGUUUCGUUGCGUGAACUGUGUGAAAAUGAAGAUGAUAAUGUCGUUUUAGCAUUUGAACAAUUGAGUGAAACCUUUUCUGAAAAAUUUAAGAAAAUAUAAAAGUGAAAAGCAUGCAACUGACGCAAAAUACUUUCAGAGAAGUUUUGCAAGUUACGUUCAUGAUACUUGGGGUUUUGUGUCAGAGAAGAUUUUUGUUAUGGAGUGGAGAUCUAUUGAGGGACAGGUGACAAAAAGUACAAAAAUUCUAUAUGGAAUUAAAGAACAAGUUUCUCACUGUAUUUUAACCCCUGUUUUCACUGUAUUUGAUGUUGGUAUAAUUUUGGGAGGGGAAGAAAAAAAAACAAAUGUUUAAAU